AUGUCUCUCGCUCCCCUCAUCCUCGCCCUUGGUGUUGCCGCUGAGGUCUCGACCUCGGCGGCCCACUACGAGGCCCAACUCGCCCUUGCUCGCGUGGUGAUGCUCCGCAACACCACCGAGCACCUCCUCGACCUCCCCGUCGCCAUCGCCGUGGCUCGUGCCGUCCUCCUCGAGGCGGUCGAGCUCGGCGAUGUCCCCUUCCCUCCUGCCUUCUUCGACGGCACCGCCAAGUACGGUGCCGUCGUUGCCAAGGCUGCCCUCCAGCAGCCCCGCUCCCUCGUCCCCUCCCUCCUUCUCGACCUGGUCGAGGAGGGCCACACUUCACCUCCCGGUUGGGGUAUUCCCGACCACCACCACCACAUUCGUCCCUGCCUUGGCGAUGCGCUCGCCCCUCAUGUCCUCAAGAGGGUCGAGCACUGCGCUGAGGCCGGCGCGUUCUACCUUUCUCGCGCUGCGGACUCGGAGGAGACCCUCGUCGCCGACGAGGUGAUCUCUGCCGACGUCAGCAGCGUCACCCACGACCGCCCCCCUUCGCCCGCCUCGACCGCCACCCUGGUGGACGACGGUGCGUCGUGGGCUUCUUCCUGGUCGGAGGGGUUCGACGAGAUCGACCUCAACGACCCCUUCGACCACGUCCUCGAGCAGGCGAUGCUCGGCAUGCUCGCCGCCGUCCCCGCCCGCCGCCCCGACCCGCCCAUCGAGGACAAGCCCCGCCGCCGCUUCUUCCCGGGCGUCAAGCGCGCCGUUGGUCGCCUGAUCAAGGGCUUCCAACGCUGCAAGGCAACCUCGGCAGACCCCAGCCGCUCUCGCAAGCUCCGAGAGGCUGGGGUUUUCUCCUCGCCGGUCAUCGGCCCCCAGGCUCUCAGCCGCGGGGUCAGCCCAUUUACCGGCUUCCCCCACCUCCCCACCUCCCUCACCCGCCAACUCUGA